CCAGCACGAGAAGCCCGACAUAUUCAAGUAGUAGGUCUGGAAGGCUCUAAAAGAGAAUACCGAGUCAACCAACAACCCCAGUAGUACCAUAAACACCAGCGCAAUACCGAGGCGGGACCCAGCACAAGUACCAACGUCGACGCGACCAAUCCGCUACCGAAAAAGAAAAAAAAGUCUACGCCCAAAAAGGAUCAACUUGCAGCGGAUGAGAUGACCAAGAUUCAACUGAUCAAAGCGAUGCAAACAGAGCACCCUCUUCGAACCUUGGACAUUGGAGCCUUGAAGGCGAAUACGUCUCGAGCACUGAAGAAGGAGAUUCCAUACGACGAGGAUCUACAGGACAAGCUCCGGCACGAUGUGACCACCUGUCUCUCUGAUAUCUCUAACCUGGCUUCGAAAUCGAAACGUGCGUGCCAACAGGUUAUUGGUAAUUACCUAGAAAGCCUGUCAGUCGAUCACCUUGACGAGGACGACAGAACCAUUCUCAGCUACUUGACUCCUCACUUCUCGGUCCAGGAAAUCGCCGCGGCUAAAAAAGGCACCACCCCGAACCCAGAAGAUGAGUCAUCUGACGACGAGGACGACUCCGAGGCCAGCAACGAAAACAAGAACUCUCCAGUUGAAUUCUUCCUGCCGCUUCUGAUUGCCAUCUACAAGGCCAGCACUCCUCAGGAAAAAAAGAAGGCGAGUGCAGCUGCGGCUGCGUGCUUGUUCUUACGCAAAGCCAAAGACUACUUGCCACCGAAAACUGGCAGUGAACCUUACAAUAAUUCUCAGUCUUUCUCCAGUCCACAGCGAAGCAACUCGCAACUGAGUACAGAAGGCACUUCAAGAACGGUUCCUUUGAUCUUUCCAAAAAGAUCCAGCAGCAGCAGAAGAAAGGACUCUUGCCCCAGAGUACCCCAGAUCGUGUCGAUCCAGACAAGACCCCAGGGAGAACUUUAUCAUUCUGAACAGGGCCAUCGGAAGAAGUUGGCGACUAUCACCAAUGUCACCCCGUGGAAGCAAAUUCGUCAGUCUCUCGGAGGAUGAUCUGGUCAAGAUUUUUUGGAAAGACGAAACGCUACGGAAACAGCUCCGGCACUAUGCCCAUUCAACUGUCAUCAAAUCUGUCCCAGAACCUGGCCGCGUUGCUCAAGAUGACGUGGUU